AUGUGACAUUUCUGUCAGAUAUUUCUGUAUUUCUAUGUUUAUACCAAUAAAUCCUGUUGAACUGUUCAGUCUCUGUUUCUCUCCCCUCCUUUUUCCCUCACUCUCUCCCCCUCCCUCCCUCCCUCCUUUAUAUACAAGCUGUUGGGUCCCUCUUCAGUGUCAUUUCGCUGAGAGACGAUUUGAAUCAGAAUACUUUUUCUCUCAGAGAAUAACGGAUCAUCUGUGUUUGGUUUCUUGUUUUCUUUGUUUUGUUGUCAGCACCAUGGACAGACUGGACGCUGCCGCCUUCCUACAGAUCUGGGAACAUUUUGACCUGGAAGAUAACGGUUACAUCGAAGGAAGGGAGCUGGACGCCUUCUUUCAACACAUGCUGGAAACAUUUGGAUUGAAGAGAGAGGAGAUAAAUGAGGAGAAGAUCAUCAGACUGAGAGAAAGGUUCAUGUCUGCGUAUGACACCGCAGCUGACGGACGCCUGCAGAUACAAGAGCUGGCCACCAUUAUGCUGCCAGAGGAGGAGAACUUCCUGCUUCUGUUCCGCAGAGAAACACCGCUGGACAACAGCGUGGAGUUCAUGAGGAUCUGGAGGAGCUAUGACGCAGACAGCAGCGGCUACAUCUCAGCCAUCGAGCUCAAGGGCUUCCUUCAUGACCUCUUCCUCCAACACAGGAAGUCCAUCACCCCUGAGAAACUGGAGGAGUACACUGACACCAUGAUGAAGAUGUUCGAUCGGAACAGGGAUGGCAGGCUGGACUUAAAUGACCUGGCCAGAAUAUUGGCCCUGAAAGAGAAUUUCUUACUGAAGUUUAAGAUGGACGCUUGCAGUCAGGACGACAGAAAGAGAGACUUUGAGAAGAUUUUCGCUCACUAUGAUGUUAGUAAGACGGGUGAGCUGGAGGGCCCUGAGGUGGAUGGAUUUGUCAAAGAUAUGAUGGAGCUGGUGAAGCCCAGCAUCAGUGGCACAGACCUGGACAAGUUCAGGAAAGCUCUGAUGGGUCACUGCGACAUCAACGGAGACGGAAAGAUCCAGAAGAACGAGCUGGCUCUCUGCCUCGGCCUCAAACUCAGCUAACAGACCCCUACAACGUUCACACAUUUUUCUUUCUUUCCUCUAUCCUUCUUUCCAUCUUCCUUCUCUCUAUGUACAGUUCUAAAUUAUUUCAUUUUUCAAUUUAAAUGUGUAUCUUUUACUAUACUCUUUUACUCCAGUCUAAAUCAUUACUUCUACCUCCCUAUUUUAGCAGUAUCGCCUCAAUUAGUGGCUCUCAGUUGGUGUUUUAAGAAUGAUGUAUCUACAUGUGUUAUGCUCAUAUAUAUAAUAUGUUAUAUAUUGCUAUAAUAUUUAUAUUAAAAUAUCUAGCAAUUGAAAUAAUGGUAAAUGUUGGGACAUACAAAUAGUUUACUUUCUUUGUAAUGUAAAAAAUAAUGAAACAUUGUUUGAAUUACAUUUUUUGUGAAACCAGUAUCAUGAAUGAUGGCUAAUAAAAUAGUUUGUGUCUUU